CAACAUGAAGACUAUUUGCGUUUUGGCUCUGUUUGCGCUAGCGGCUACCGCCUACGGCUUGGAGGAAGACGAACGUGUCAAUGGUGAGAACGGCUGGUAUGUCCCAAAACUGGAUGGCAGCUUUGAAUGGAUUGAUAUGGAUGAGGGCGAGGCAAUGCUGGAGCAGCAGGAGAUGAUGGAAGCUCGUGGUCUUUCCACUACCCCUGUCAAAUACUAUCUUUACACCAAGUCGAACCCAUCCAAAGGCAAGAAGAUCACCGCAACCACGAAGUCCAUUGAUGCGUCCAACUUCAAUCCGGCACAUCCUACCAGAUUUGUGAUUCACGGCUGGACCCAGAGCUACACUUCGGGCAUGAACAAGAAUAUUCGUGAUGCUUGGCUGAGCAACGGCGACUACAACAUCAUUGUCGUGGAUUGGGCUCGUGCCCGUUCCGUUGAAUACGCCUCCUCUGUGAUAGCUGUACCAAAGGUCGGCAAGAAGGUGGCUAGCAUGGUCAACUUCUUGGUAUCGAGCUACGGUAUGUCUUUGGAUGACUUGUACAUUAUUGGCCACAGCUUGGGUGCACAUGUCUCUGGCUACGCGGGCAAGAAUGUGAACGGUCAGGUGCACACCAUUAUCGGUCUGGAUCCUGCUCUUCCUCUCUUCAACUACAAUAAGCCAAACAAACGCCUGAGCUCCACUGAUGCCUGGUACGUUGAGUCCAUCCAAACCAAUGGCGGCACCCUGGGCUUCCUUAAGCCAAUCGGCAAAGGUGCUUUCUAUCCUAACGGUGGCCAGACCCAGCCCGGAUGCACACUCGAUCUCACGGGUGCCUGCUCCCAUGGCCGCUCUGUAACUUACUACGCCGAGGCCGUCUCUGCGGACAACUUCGGCACCAUCAAGUGCAGCGACUACGAGGAUGCUGUCAAGAAGAGCUGCGGCAGCACCUACAGUGGCGUCCGCAUGGGUGCUGACACCAAUGCCUACAUGGUUGAGGGCGACUUCUAUGUACCUGUUAACAGCAAAUCACCUUACGGUAUGAUCAACUAAAUAUACCACAAUAAAGAUGACACUUACACACUCAAAUAA